GAGGGGCCUGAAUUUCACUUUGUAACUUUCUGCGGAACCCGAGCCCGGGUGGCAGCUCCGGUGGUGGUAUCGUAUGCAAAUACGCAUGCUGACGUUACAGAUCAUGUGGGUUUUGGCGUAGAUUCCCCACUGAUCGAGGCAUUUUUCCCCCUUUUUUUUUUCUUUUUUCUUUUCUUUUUUCUUUUUUUCUUUUCUUUAUUUUUCUUUUAAAAAAUUCGACCAACCGUUCUCCGUACGGGGGGCUUUUUCUGUCGUCUGUCUGUCUGUCUGUCUGUCUGCCAGGCUGGCUUUCCCCCACCACCACCUCUUUCCCACGGAGCCCGAGUCGGGCGCCGGGUGGGGAGUGGGGAGUGGGUGGGGGGAGCCAGCAGAGUUCCAUUUUGGAACGCCCGUGCCUCGUCUCCGCGUUCCCAGCCCGGGUCCCCGCGUUCGCAGCCCCGGCGCAGGUCUCCAUGCACUGGCUGCUCUGGAAAUCCUGCUGCAAGAUUCCCACGAUGUAAGGAACCCGCAGACACUGAUAUGAAGCUGCCUGGUUUGCUCAGAGAUUGCUACAGUUACAAUUUUCUGUGCUGAAAUCCUUCUGAAACACUCAAAGGGAAGAAGACUUCAGCAUCCAAGGGAAGCCAAAGGCAUUUGAGAGGGAGUAAAGCCAAAAGCCAAGAAUCUCAGCAUCCUGUACAUACCCACUCCAAAAAGAAGCCGUUGUUCACAGGCAGGCACCAUGGCGAGCAAACGGAAGUCUACGACUCCGUGCAUGGUUCGGACAUCACAGGUAGUAGAACAAGAUGUGCUGGAGGAGGCAGACAGGGCCAAAGACAAAGGAACGGGCAUGCCACCGUCCGAUGUGACAAAGGAAAGCUGGGCAGCAGAACCUGAACACUCGUCCAAAGAAAAUGAAGUGGUAGAGGUGAAAUCUAUGGGGGAGAACCAGUCCAAAAAACUCCAGGGUGGUUAUGAGUGCAAAUACUGCCCUUAUUCCACACAGAAUCUGAAUGACUUCACGGAGCAUGUGGACAUGCAGCACCCCAACGUGAUUCUCAACCCCCUCUACGUAUGUGCCGAAUGUAACUUCACAACCAAAAAGUACGACUCCUUGUCUGACCAUAACUCCAAGUUCCAUCCGGGGGAGACCAACUUCAAGCUGAAAUUAAUCAAGCGCAAUAAUCAGACGGUUCUAGAACAGUCCAUCGAAGCCACCAACCACGUUGUGUCUAUCACUGCCAGUGGUCCUGGAAGUAGUGAUAAUGACCCUGGGGUCUCAGUAGGUAAAACCCCCAUGAUGAAGACAGGAAAGCCGAAGGCAGAUGCCAAGAAAGUGCCCAAGAAGCCUGAGGAGGCUGCCCCAGAAAACCACAUGGAAGGGACUGCCCGCCUGGUGACAGACACAGCUGAGAUCCUGUCCAGACUUGGAAGCGUGGAGCUCCUUCAGGAUUCACUGGGACACGUCAUGCCUUCCGUACAGCUGCCACCAAAUAUCAACCUUGUCCCCAAGGUCCCCGUCCCGCUGAAUACUACCAAAUACAACUCUGCCCUGGACACAAAUGCUACCAUGAUCAACUCCUUCAACAAGUUCCCUUACCCCACCCAGGCUGAGCUCUCCUGGCUGACGGCGGCCUCCAAACACCCAGAGGAGCACAUCCGAAUCUGGUUUGCCACCCAGCGUUUAAAGCAUGGUAUCAGCUGGUCCCCAGAGGAGGUGGAGGAGGCCCGAAAGAAGAUGUUCAAUGGCACGAUUCAGUCAGUACCCCCGACUAUCACUGUGCUUCCUGCUCAGCUGACCCCCACGAAAGUGUCACAGCCCGUCCUCCAGACAGCCCUACCAUGCCAGAUCCUUGGCCAGCCCAGCCUGGUACUGACUCAAGUGACAAGUGGGUCAACAACUGUCUCGUGCUCUCCCAUCACACUUGCCGUGGCUGGAGUGACCAACCAUGGCCAGAAGAGACCUCUGGUGACUCCUCAAGCUGCCCCUGAGCCGAAGCGUCCACACAUCGCCCAGGUGCCAGAGCCUCCACCCAAGAUGGCCAAUACCCCGCUCACCCCAGCUAGCGACCGCAAGAAGACCAAGUUGCAAAUUGCCCACCUUAAGGCAAGCUUCUUACAGAGCCAGUUCCCUGAUGAUGCUGAGGUCUACCGGCUCAUUGAGGUGACAGGCCUCGCCAGGAGUGAGAUCAAGAAGUGGUUCAGUGACCAUCGCUACCGGUGUCAGAGGGGCAUUGUCCACAUCACCAGCGAGUCCCUUGCCAAAGACCAGAUGGCCAUUACCGGCACCCGACACGGUCGCACCUACCACGUAUACCCAGACUUUGCCCCCCAGAAGUUCAAAGAGAAAAGCCAGGGACAGUUGAAAACCCUGGAAGACAGCUUUCUGAAAAGCUCUUUUCCCACCCAGGCAGAAGUGGAGCGGCUGAGGGUGGAGACCAAGCUGAGCAGGAGGGAGAUCGACUCCUGGUUCUCAGAGAGGCGGAAGCUUCGAGACAGCAUGGAGCAGGCUGUGUUAGAUUCCAUGGGGUCUGGCAAAAAGGGCUCAGAUGUGGUAGCCCCCAAUGGUGCUCUAUCUCGACUUGACCAGCUCUCUGGUGCCCAGUUAGCUGGUUCUUUGCCCAGUCCUUCAUCAGCAAUUGUACAAAAUCAAGAACAGGUUCACCUGCUCAGGAGCACUUUUGCGAGAACCCAGUGGCCCACUCCUCAGGAGUACGACCAGUUAGCCGCCAAGACCGGCCUGGUCCGAACUGAGAUUGUACGCUGGUUCAAGGAGAACAGAUGCUUACUAAAAACUGGAACAUUGACCUGGCUGGAGCAGUACCAGCGGCAUCACCUGUCAGAUGACCAUGGCCAUGAUGUUCUCUCAAGAAAAGCGGCAAAACAAGUUGCUGAGAGCCCAAAGAAUGGAAGCGAGGUGGCUCACCAGUAUGCCAAGGACCCCAAAGCACUCUGUGAGGAGGACUCCGAGAAGCUGGUCCCAAGGAUGAAAGUGGGUGGUGAUCCAGCCAAGGACUGUUUGACAGGCAAGCCUUCAGAGGCCACCUCAGACAGAUCAGAGGGCAGCCGAGAUGGCCAGGGCAGCGAGGAGAACGAGGAGUCAGGCAUCGUGGACUUCGUGGAGGUGACCGUUGGUGAGGAGGACGCCAUCUCAGAGAAGUGGGGUAGCUGGAGUCAGAGAGUAGCAGAAGGCACAGUGGAGCGGGCAGACUCAGACUCUGACAGCACCCCUGCGGAGACUGGCCAAGCCUAGACAGGGCAGCUGGUCUGAACCUCUGCACUGACAAAGGAGAUGCUCUAUCUUUGAAGAAAGAAGCAAGCCCCGCCCCAGCGGCUGUGGGCCACCUCACCAGCGAUUCUGAGCGGAAGUGCUUCAGUGGUGCCUGGAGGCCACAGGAACUCCGGAGCUCUCAAUGUCCCUCCCCGAGGCUGGGUGGGAAUUGUUCAUAGUGCCAAAGUCCUACUACUGCGUUUUCAAUGGGUCCCUGUACAUAGUCUUUGCCUUUGCUCCAGCCCCGCCUCUUGCUAUACUGGAACUGAUUUAUACGAUGUGGGAAUUUUGUUACCUUUUUAAUCGAGGGCAACUUCCUUUUCCAGCACUUCUGUGGUAAGGUGUUUGUGUUUUUUAUCCCCAGGAAGGAGGGCUAACCACAUUGCUUUUCUUUUCUCUUUCUUCUUUUCACUUUAUUAAUGAGGGGGAGGGAGCAUUAGCAGAAGUACCGCUGUAUCUACUGGAUUUUAGGUAGGAUGAAUUUCUUUUUUAAGGUAGUUGGACAUUUGGGAGAUGUCUUGGUGGGAAGGGCUGAGGUUGGUCCUCUGGCUCAAGUCGGAAUGGGCUCACAAGUAGCAUCAAACCCUUCCCCGUUCCCCAGCUGCCUUUUGGGGACCCUGCCUCAGCCCCACACCGUGAGGUGGGGCUGGCUUCUCAACUGCUUUGGAUAAUUGGGGGAACAGGUGGCUGCCCUCUUUACAAAUCUUUUUAACAUACCAGCAGAAAGGGCUCCCAUGGCGGAUGAUGCCACCACUACUCUUAGGAAAUUAAGAGAGAGGUCUUCCUGACUAGAUGGUACCAAGGUAAACAUCUCUGCUUUUCUUUUCUCUUCUCACCGCCUUUUCUUGGUGUGGCUUUUGAUAAGAUUUCAGCUCAGAGCCUCACUACGGAUUGAUUUGUUGUUGUUGUUGUUAUUUGUGUGUGUGUGUGUGUGUGUGUGUGUGUGUGUGUGUGUGUGUGUGUGUGUUGGGUCAAUUUUAGAUACCUGAGUGCACUUUUUUUUUUAGUUAGUCCUAGCUUUUAAAGAAAGAAAGCCAAGAGAUAUAUCUCAUGUAAACGUCAAGACAUGGAUUCUGUUUGCUGUCCUUGUCCCCUUUCCCAUACCCCACAACCCCUUGACCCCACUUGAGUACACUGCACAAAUUAAAUGCUAGGGAGUUUGAAUAAAAGCAGUUUUUCUAACUUGUUGCUCAUUUGUUGUAACUCAAUAAAGCAAAAACUAAACGUUUUUAUAACCUUC